CCUGUGUAUUUCAAACAUAAUCUCACAUUUGAAGAGACUAGUAAUUCCUGUUUUUGCCAGUCAAGUUGAAGAAACAUUUCCACUACUUAAAGAGAUACCUGCAAACUGUAUAUAUUAAGCUGUCCCAAUGGGAUUUUCUCUUAGUAAAUCAGCUACUCAGGUAUCUGCUAUGCGUAUGGAUUCACAAGUGGAUGCUCAAUUAAUGCAAGGGACUGAGAAAAGCAAAUUGGAACCAGUGACUCAACUAUUUCAAAACACCAAGAAAAUAAGAUUAGAAGACACAAACCAAGAAAACUUUACAAGGAGUAAAGAUACGGGUGCAGGAUCACUCUCAGAGAAAGCCUUGGGUUCAGUGGUGUAUGUUAAAGAACGAGAUGGAACAGAAGUGACAGAUGUGGAAUGAAGUUAUUUGUGCAUAUUACCAAGGACACCAAAAGUUGCUUGUGACUAAGAGGGUAUGCUGAAUGAGAGCUUAACCUUCUUAGGAAAAUCUAACAAAAUGAAGGAAGACAACUGCUUAUUUUUCACUAUUUAUGAAUCAACAUAGAUUGCAUUUAUUGACAAUACAUAUUCAAAAAAGUUGCUUUAGGGAGAAGAAAAGUUUCCCAAAAUUCAAAGCCGGUUUCUCUGGUAUUACUUUCUAUCCUUGUCAAAAAUCAGAAUUUUUGUUUAACAGUAUUUAAAUAACACCAAAACAAUUUAAUUAUAAUGUAUUUCUUUAGCAAGUGAUCAAAAAACAAUUUGACCUCA